AUGCAAUCUGCUCGAACAGAUCUUGCUCCUCCCAGAGACGACCCAUUUACGACUGAGGAACUAAAACAAUUCGACGGGAAGGAUCCUUCGAAGCCCAUUCUCGUUGCGAUUAAGGGCACCGUGUUCGAUGUUUCGCACAAGGCUGACGUCUAUGGACCCGGCCGCUCGUACAGCAUCUUCGCCGGGAGGGAUGGUUCGCGGGGGUUGGGCAUGUCGAGCUUGAAGCCAGAGGAUGCCGUAGCGGAUUACAGCACACUAGAUGAGAAGGACAUGAAAGUUUUGGACGACUGGCACUCGUUCUUCAGCAAGCGAUACAACAUCGUCGGGAAGGUUACGGACGGACCCGUCAUUAACAAGUAG